AUGGAAGAAGCUGCAUGGUCCAUGGUGCAGAAGAUCGGGACCCAUUUCACGCUUGACGGUCUAAACCCGUUUUACGUGCAUGGGUUCAACACCUACUGGCUGAUGGUUCUUGCAGUGGAUGACUCGAGCCGAGUAAAAGUGAGUCAAGUGUUUCAACAGGCAUCGGCUGUGGGCCUCUCGGUUUGCAGGACAUGGGCUUUCAAUGAUGGCCAGUGGCGGGCCCUUCAGAAAUCGCCUUCCGUUUAUGACGAACAAGUUUUCAAGGGCCUCGAUUUUGUCAUAAGCGAAGCGAAAAAGUACAGGAUAAGACUCAUAUUGUCGCUAGCCAACAACUGGGAAGCGUACGGCGGAAAACCGCAGUAUGUGAAAUGGGGCAAAUCUGCCGGGCUCGGUUUAACAUCCGACGAUGAUUUCUUCUCUCACCCGACUUUAAAGAGCUAUUACAAGUCUCAUGUUAAUGCAAUGCUGAACAGAGUUAAUUCUAUAACGAACAUAGCCUACAAAGAAGACCCGACUAUUUUUGCUUGGGAACUGAUAAACGAGCCGCGUUGUGAAUCAGAUCCCUCUGGAAAUAAGCUGCAGGGUUGGAUAGAAGAAAUGGCAGUCCAUGUGAAAAGCAUUGAUUCCAAGCAUUUGGUGGGGAUUGGGCUUGAAGGCUUCUAUGGUCCUUCGACUCCCGAUAAAGUUCAGUACAACCCAAAUACUUAUGCCCAGCAAGUUGGCACCGAUUUCAUCCGAAAUCACCAAGUUUUUGGGAUUGAUUUUGCUUCUGUUCACAUCUAUCCAGAGUCUUGGUGA